ACUUUUUUUUUACAUUAUAUUUUAAAUCUUUCUGUAAUCUGAAUGGCGAAUACAACAUCAGAGAGAGAAAGUCAAAAAUAUCAGCUUCUCGCAAGCUCCUCUUAAAGAGUUUGAUGCUAGCAAAGGCUAAGGAGGCCUGGGAUCAGGAUCACGAUAACACACAGGAAGAAAAGCAGAGAUACCUUAAUGAGAGAGUACCAAAUCCCAACACCCAUGGGAUGACAUUAACUGCCCUGCAGGAGCUGUGCAGAGAUCUUCAUGAGAAAGUUGGCAUUGUGGAUGAGGAACGGUAUGAUAUUGAGGCAAAGGUCAUUCACAACACAAGGGAGAUUCAAGAUUUGAGGAUGAAGGUUCUUGACUUGCGUGGGAAGUUUAAGAGGCCAGCUCUGCGCAGGGUGAGAGUUUCUGCAGAUGCCAUGCUACGCGCUUUACUGGGAUCCAAGCAUAAAGUAUCCAUGGACCUGCGUGCCAAUCUAAAAUCUGUCAAGAAGGAGGACACAGAAAAGGAGCGUCCAGUAGAAGUCAGCGACUGGCGUAAAAAUGUAGAAGCAAUGUCUGGCAUGGAAGGUAGAAAGAAGAUGUUUGAUGCAGCAAAAUCCCCCACAGGACAAUGAAAAGAGGGAUCGGCCUAUCUUUUUUCCUGCCUUCAUCUUUGUUCUCACUGUCUAAACAUCAUAUCAAAACAUGGCAACAAGUUAGUGUACUGCAAGAACAGGUGCUUCCAUGUCACUGUAUAUUCAUCAGUAAAAUGAGUGUGAGGUGGGACGAUUCGAAUUGCUGAUUACUAUUUCACCGCAGCUGAACAUUCCACCUCAAGGAGUAUCUUUGUUAAUAAUAAAACCAAGUAAAUAAAGUAUUCCACAUAGUA